AUGGAGCACCAUUCAGACGAAACCAAAUCUCUAGAUGUUAUCAUCAUCGGCGCUGGAAUCUCCGGCAUCAACGCCGCCUACCGCCUACAAACCGAAGGUCCAGCCAACCUGACCUACGCCAUCCUCGAAGGACGAGACACCAUCGGCGGCACGUGGGACUUGUUCAAAUAUCCUGGCAUUCGUUCCGACUCUGAUAUCUUUACCUUUGGCUUCCCCUGGAGUCCAUGGAAACAUGAUGAAUCCCUGGCGCCAGGAGCGAAAAUCAAGGACUACAUGAUCGACUCGGCUAGGUCUGCUGGCAUCGAUCACCAUAUCUGCUACAACCAUUCCGUUUCGGAAGCGAACUGGUCUAGCAAGGAGAAGAAAUGGAAACUCAAAGUUACUCGACGCGGUGAGGAUAAACCUAUCACCUUUAAAGCUGGAUUUAUACUUCUUGGCACCGGAUACUACGACUACCAAACCCCGCUCAAAGCAGUUAUUCCUGGCAUUGAGCGCUUCCAGGGCAAGAUCAUCCACCCUCAGUUUUGGCCCGAAGACUAUGACUACACCAACAAGAACGUAGUCAUCAUCGGCAGCGGUGCCACAGCCGUCACCAUUCUCCCGUCAAUGUCCGACAAAGCGAAGCGCGUCACCAUGCUGCAAAGGAGCCCAGGAUACAUCUUCCCUCUCCCGUCAAGCAGUUUAUUCUCGCGUCUUCUCUUCACCGUUCUCCCCGCCAGCAUCGCGCUGUUUAUCAACAGACUUAUGUGGCUUGUUAGAAGCUAUCUCACGACUUUCUUCUGCAAAUCCUGUCCGGGGCUGGCCAAGAAACUCAUCAAAUAUGUCACCAUCCAGCAACUGCCACCCGAUGUUAGCUGGGACCCCCACUUCAAGCCAAGAUACAACCCCUGGGAGCAGCGAUUCUGCGCCUGCAUGAAUGGUGAUUUCUUCGCUGCGAUCCGCUCAAGCAAAGCAGAUGUCGUCACCGACAGAAUCAAGACCGUCACUGAGAAUAGCAUUGAGCUCGAGUCUGGAGCAACGCUGAAUCCAGAUCUGAUCGUCACCGCCACUGGUCUCAAGCUGAAAUUCGGCGGUGGUAUCAAGUUCAGCAUCGACAGCAACACGUUUAAUGUGUCAGACAGGUUUGCAUGGAAGGCUGCCAUGCUUGAAGACGUGCCCAAUCUGCUGUUCAUGACAGGGUACGAAAACGCAUCUUGGACACUAGGGGCGGACGUGAGUGCCCGACUUUUCAUCCGUGUUCUUCACAAGAUGGGGGAAAGGAAGGCUACUACUGUAGUACCACGUAUGACUACGGAGAAGAAUAUGCCGGUAAAGCCCAUGAUGAGUCUGUCGUCGACGUACUUGAAGAAUGCCGGCUCUGUGUUCCCCAAGGGUGGUACAGGUCUAUGGAGUCCCAAGUCGAAUUAUUUUGCUGAUAUGGCAGGGGCGAAGUGGGGAGAUAUCACUAACGGGUUGAAUUAUUCCUAG